GGGGGAGUGUAGAAGCAGGAAGUCUUUUUUACUUGAGAGUUCUAUGCUGUCCCUGCAGCCCAGAUCUAUUUCCUUUCUUUCCUUGCAGCUGAGAUUACUCUGUCUUCCGGAAGCCAGCUUUGUGCGUGCAGGUCGCAGGGAGCCUGGAGCUAGAGGGAAUGGCCCCUGGGAGCCUCAGACCUCCACCUCAGGAGUUGGUGACCUUCAAGGAUGUGGCUGUGGAUUUCACCCAGGAGGAGUGGGGCCUCUUGGACCAUCCUCAGAAGGAGUUAUACAAGGAGGUCAUGCUGGAGAAUGCCCAGAACCUGCUCUCUCUGGGGCUUCCAGUUCCCAGAGAAGAUGUAAUUUCUUAUUUUGAGCAAAGAGAAGCACCAAGGAUGUUGGAGCAAGAAGGCCUGAGGAGCUGCUGUCCAGAAGGAAAGAUCAGGCUUGAAAUAAAGGAGAGUAGUGCAGAGCUAAGCCUUUUUCUGGAAGAAACUCACAAGCUUCAGAAGAGAGAAAUCUGUGCUGCACAUGAGAGAAUCCCCAUUGGAGAGAAACUGUAUGACUGUAAUCAGUGUGGAAAGGCUUUCAGAUCCAGCUCCAAUCUUGCUUCCCAUCAGAGAAACUACACAGGAGAGAAAACUUAUGAAUGUAAUGAAUGUAGAAAGGCUUUCAAAUAUAGGAAGAAUGUCGAUAGCCAUCAGAGGAUCCAUACUGGAGAGAAACCUUACGAAUGCAAUCAGUGUGGAAAGGCUUUUACACGAAAGUCUACUCUUAACGAACAUCAGAGAAUUCACACUGGAGAGAAACCUUAUGAAUGUCAACAGUGUGGAAAGGCAUUUACUGGAAGCUCUAAACUUUAUGUGCAUCAGAGAAUCCACACUGGAGAGAAACCUUAUGAAUGUCAACAAUGUGGAAAGACUUAUAAACAUAGGAGUAGUCUCAAUAUGCAUCAGAUAAUCCAUACUGGAGAGAAACCUUAUGGAUGUAAACAGUGUGGAAAGGCUUUUACACUAAAGUCUAUUCUUAAAAACCAUCAGAGUGUCCACACUGGAGAGAAACCUUAUGAAUGUAAUCAGUGUGGAAAUGCUUUUACAUUUAGGUCUAGUCUUAAUAAACAUCAGAGUAUCCACACUGGAGAGAAACCUUAUGAAUGUAAUCAAUGUGGAAAGACUUUUACAUUUAGGUCUAGUCUUAACAAACAUCAGAGAAUCCACUCUGGAGAGCCCCCUUAUGAAUGCAAUCAGUGUGGAAAGGCUUUUAUAUUUAGAUCUAGUCUUAAGGAACACCAGAGAAUUCACACUGGAGAGAAACCUUAUGAAUGUAAAAAAUGUGGAAAGGCAUUUACAGGAAGCUCUAAACUUUAUGUGCAUCAGAGAAUCCACACUGGAGAGAAACCUUAUGAAUGUCAACAAUGUGGAAAGACUUAUAAACAUAGGAGUAGUCUCAAUAUGCAUCAGAUAAUCCAUACUGGAGAGAAACCUUAUGAAUGUAAGCAGUGUGGAAAGGCUUUUACACUAAAGUCUGUUCUUAAAAAACAUCAGAGUGUCCACACUGGAGAGAAACCUUAUGAAUGUAAUCAAUGUGGAAAGGCUUUUACAUUCAGGUCUAGUCUUAAUAAACAUCAGAGUAUCCACACUGGAGAGAAACCUUAUGAAUGUAAUCAAUGUGGAAAGGCUUUUACAUUUAGGUCUAGUCUUAACGAACAUCAGAGAAUCCACUCUGGAGAGCCCCCUUAUGAAUGUAAACAGUGUGGAAAGGCUUUUACACGAACAUCUAGUCUUAACGAACAUCAGAGAAUUCACACUGGAGAGAAACCUUAUGAAUGUAAACAAUGUGGAAAGGCAUUUACAGGAAGCUCUAGACUUUAUGUGCAUCAGAAAAUCCACACUAGAGAGAAACCUUAUGAAUGUCAACAAUGUGGAAAGACUUAUAAACAUAGGAUUAGUCUCACUGUGCAUCAGAGAAUCCACACUGGAGAGAAACCUUAUGAAUGUCAACAAUGUGGAAAGACUUAUAAACAUAGGAGUAGUCUCAAUAUGCAUCAGAUAAGCCAUACUGGAGAGAAACCUUAUGAAUGUAAACAAUGUGGAAAGACUUUUACACUAAAGUCUAUUCUUAACAAACAUCAGAGUGUUCACACUGGAGAGAAACCUUAUGAGUGUCAUCAAUGUGGAAAGGCUUUUACAUUUAGGUCUAGUCUUAAUGAACAUCAGAGAAUCCACACUGGAGAGAAACCUUAUGAAUGUCAUCAAUGUGGAAAGGCUUUUAUAUUUAGAUCGAGUCUUAAUGAACAUCAGAGAAUCCACACUGGAAAGCUGCCUUAUGAAUGCAAUCAGUGUGGAAAGGCUUUUACACGAAAGUCUCGUCUUAACGAACAUCAGAGAAUUCAUACUGGAGAGAAACCUUAUGAAUGUAAACAAUGUGGAAAAGCAUUUAUAGGAAGCUCUAGACUUUGUGUGCAUCAGAGAAUCCACACUAGAGAGAAACUUUAUGAAUGUAAACAAUAUGGAAAGACUUAUGAACAUAAGAUUAGUCUUAAUAUGCAUCAGAGAAUCCACACUGGAGAAAAACCUUAUGAAUGUAAACAAUGUGGAAAGACUUAUAAACACAGGAUUAGUCUCAAUAGGCAUCAGAUAAUCCAUACUGGAGAGAAACCUUAUGAAUGUAAAGAAUGUGGAAAGGCUUUUACUCAGAGGGCUCAUCUUAAUAUACAUCAGAGAAUUCACACUGGAGAGAAACUUUAUGAAUGUAAUCAAUGUGGAAAGGCCUUUACAUUUAGGUCUCUUCUUAACAAACAUCAGAGAAUCCACACUGGAGAGAAACCUUAUGAAUGCAAUCAGUGUGGAAAGACUUUUACCCAAAAGUCUAGUCUUAAAAGGCAUCAGGGAAUCCACACUGGAGAGAUGCCUUAUGAAUGUAAAUAGUGAGGAAAGUCUUUUACACAGAGGGCUUUUCUUAAUAAACAUCAGAGAAUCCACAAUGGAGAGCGAUUAUGCCCACAGAAUUAUUAAACUGCCCAUACCCUAGUCCCUGCAAUACCAGUAUCAAGUCUAUUUCCAAAACUAUUUAUAACAGCUCUCUUUGUGCUAAAAAAUAAUUAGAAAUUGCAGGGAUACUGUCAAUUGGGGAAUGGUUGGACAAGUUGUAAUAUAUGAUUGUGAUGGAAUGCCACUGGGCUAGGAGAAAGGAAUCUGUUUUCCACCUAGUCCUACCUGGUGGGGCUAGAGUAAGAAUUCCACCUAGAUAAGAUGGUGUGUAUAUAGGGGGUGUGAAUUAUUUGGGAAAUGUCAGAAAUGUCCUUGAGAGACCUGGCUUUGUAAGGCUUUUAUUUUUUUAAAGUAAUAAACAUUUUUAUUUAUAGUUUUGAGUACUAAUUUUUAUCCCUCCCUCCCCUCCCACUUAAUCUGAGGCAAAAUAUAGUUUCCCUCUCCAUCUCCCCCAACUAGAUCUACUUUUGCCUCUGUUCUGACUGAAAUAAUCAUUGCUACCUCUGCUUUCCUUGCUCCAGCUGAAGCAGAGUAGAUCCCUCUCCAACUCUCUACAUUCACCCUGCCUAUAUCACUCUGCCUCAAACUGUCCAUAUCUCUCCAUGAUAUUUUUCAUCUGCUCAUCCUUCCCAUUCUGACCCCCAACCCUCUCCUUUUCCACAACUGCCUUACCUAUGAUCACCCCCUUCCCCAAUAUCCCCUGCCCUGUAUCAGUCCCCCCAUUACCCUCCAUUAUCACCAUC